AUGAUUUAUGCUCUUAUUCUAGUCUAAUUCCAACUAUCCUUUACAAUUGAUGUUAUAUUUAAUGAAAAUUCAACAUGGAUAGGAGAGUUUAUAACCUCAUCUAAUAUUACUUAUUUAAUUACACCAAAUGGAAAUGGGUAGGUCCAAUACUAUUACUAUAUUUAAGUUUAACUAGAUUUCAUAAAUCCUAAAUUUAUGCUAUUAGCUCAAAAGUAACAACCGGUUUCAAAUCCCUUUUCUCCUUUCCUUAUAGAUGGAUAUAAUGUUGAUGCAACAAAGUAAAUAAUUCAUAUUUUUGUUAUAGUCAAUAUUAAAACUAACUUAUUAGAUUUCUCAAAAUAUCAUCUAUUAGUGAUAACAUUUAUAUUUCAACUAUUGGUAAUGUUGAAGGUCAAAAGUUCAAGAUUAAAAUUCUCAAAACUUAGAAUUCUAAAAUCUGCUAAAAUGAUUGCUCAGAAUAAGGAAUUUGUGAGGUAUUAUAAAAACUAUUUUAGGAACAAGGAUGCUAAUGUAAUUUAAAUUAUAUAGGAAUUGAUUGUAGUUACAAAGCUACUCCUAUAAUUGAUGGACAAUAUUUAAAAGAUAAUUUUAAUGGAGACAUAUACAUUGCUUUUUUAUAUUUAAAUAUUUCUAUGUAUUAAGGUAAGCAAUUGAUUCUAAAAUUUAAAGUAAUCUAUCACUUUUUAACAAUAGACAAAUCAUUACUAUGGCUUCUAAAUUCUAUUUUAUAAGACCUCUGCCAUCAUUUAUCCUAAAGAUGAAUUUAUCUAAAACCCAAAUUUAUGUGAUACAUUUCAAGUUAAUAAAUAUCAAGAUUUAGAAUUACUUCUUAUAAUACCUGAAUCUGUAAAAUAAAAUUAAAAUUUUAAUUUUGCAGUUAAAUCUAUUUAUCCUUACUUUUAAUUGCUAGAUUUAUUUAUUAAUUUAGAAGAGUACUCUUAAGAAGAUGAUGAUAAAUAUAAUUCUAUUAUAAUCAUCACUACAACUGUUAGUUCUUUUUGCUUUGUCCUACUUUUAGUUUUUUGUGGUUAUAAAUAUUACUCAAAAUAAUAACCACAAAUACCUAUAAACCCAGCAGCAUUGGAAAAUCGUCCUAUUGAAAAUUUCAAUCAAUAAAUUGAACUAUAAGAAAAUUAGUAGAAAAAUGGUUUAUUUUUACCUUGUUAAAAAGAAAUCAAUGCAGAAGAAUAUUGUUCUAUUUGCUUAGAAAAUUUUAAUUUACCAUAAAAUAUUAGAUAAACUAGAUGCCAGUAAAAUAUUUGUUUAUUUUUAGUCAUAAUUUUCAUGCAGAAUGUAUAAAUUUAUGGUUAGAAAAAGCCAAAAAUGAAUGUCCUAUAUGUAGAUAAUAACUUGAAAUUAAAUAAGAUCAUCAAGUAUUGAGGACUUGA